AAAGAGCUCCCUCCCUUCAGCCUCCCUCACAGCGUCGCUCCGAGCCAGUGGAGGCUGUGGGUGAGCCCCUGCUCCACGUCUUUGACUGUAGACUGAACACCGAGCCGAGUGGGUUGACGUCAGUGCGGCGCACGUUAGUUCUCGUCCCUGCUGGUCGGGGUACGAGUAGGGAGCUGGUCUCACCUAACAGAUGUGUCUGGGACACUCCAAUAUAUUUAUUCUAUCAGUUACAUACAGAUCCAAACAAUGGAAGUGUUGGAAGGACACAGGGUGGACAGAGGGCAGGCGAUGAGAGCCCCGGUUGAUGGAUAUGUGAAAGAGUUCACGCGCCACUCCAAUGAUGUGCUGCUGAACCUGAACGAACUCCGGCAUCGAAGCAUCCUGACUGACACCACCCUGGUUAUUGGCAGCGUGCAUCUGCAGGCACACUGUGCCGUGCUCGUGGCCUGCAGUGGCUUCUUCUACUCGCUGUAUUCCCACCGUGUGCUGCUUCAGGGGCGUGGUGGCAGCGGGGAGCAGCUCAUGACCGUGUCUCUCCCCAGUACCUUGGAUCCAUCCAGUGUCUCCCUGCUGCUUGACUUCAUGUACACCUCCCGCCUCCCUCUGACACCCAGCGUCGUCUCCGGAGUGCUGGCUGUUGCCACCUACUUGCAGAUGGACCACGUGGCCGAUACCUGCCGGGAUUUCAUGCAGCUGCACUGCACAGACAAAAUGAGCGCCAGACACCCUCAAUUGGAGCUGGACUCCAGGGUGUCUGUAGCCUCUGUUGCCCCCAAAGGAAGGGACCUAUAUAAUGCAGAACCCCAGCGAUUACUCCCAGCAGCUGGAACAACCAGGGUGCCUGCUAUGGCUGGGGACUCUUUUAAGCCAGGGGCUUUCCCGACCUGCCAGCCCAGGUCAAAAGAGCUAAAAGGAGAGCCUGAGUCACCCUUAAUGGGCACUUCAUCUCCAAACAGCCCCGCCCGCUCAAGCUGCCAACCAAACUCUCCUGCUGAGUCCAACACCUGCAACAAAAACCUGGUGAAUGACACCAAAGCCACACCCGACCCAAAGGCCUGCAACUGGAAGAAAUACAAGUACAUUGUUCUCAACCCUCUCUGUGCUGCCACUACGGUGAAAGUAGAGGAAGUGGAGGAACCCCAAAGUCAAGCAUCACCCACUGCAGACAGCAUGGGCUCGAUACCGAAAGCACCAACAGAGGCGUGGUCUGGAGAAGUGCCUGGUCAGAUUGAUAGACAGGGGCAGGCCUCCUGCUACGAGGGUUCUGGCCGAGCCCCUCCCCUCGGGCCACCUCCCUCUGUGGACCACCAAACAGUGCCUCCCUCUCACAAGGAAGGGCCAGAAGCUGCUAAUCACAACCAACAUCCAAUCAAGCGUGAGAACUACUAUGUGCCCUACUGUUAUUCUGGAAACAUUCAAGGAACCAAGUCUGCCUGCUCAGGUGAUAAGCCGUAUCGUUGUAAUGUGUGUGGAGCUCAGUUCAACCGACCGGCCAACCUGAAGACUCACUCCCGCAUUCACUCUGGGGAGAAACCUUACCGCUGUGACACCUGUGGGGCGCGAUUUGUUCAGGUUGCCCACCUCAGGGCCCACGUUUUGAUUCAUACAGGGGAGAAGCCUUACCCCUGCCACACCUGUGGCACCCGCUUCCGCCACCUGCAAACCCUCAAGAGCCAUUUGCGCAUCCACACUGGAGAGAAGCCUUACACUUGUGAGAAGUGUGACCUGCACUUCCGGCACAAGAGCCAGCUGCGUCUACACCUGCGGCAGAAACAUGGGGCCGUCACCAACACUAAGAUCUGCUACAAGGUGCUGACUGAGCCCUACCAGCCUAUUCUACAGGCCUGCUGAAGAAGAUGCGCCUUGAUCACAACUGACCCAUUAUUCAAUGUUUUUAACAUGACCUAAAUCUGUUGGAAAAUGUGAAAUUUAGUGGAUUAAUUAAUUUGUAAUAAGGUUCUGCUUGUAUGAGGUUAAGCAGUUUUAAAUUAUUAGCACUUGGUUUUUGAAUGAAGGUGGUUACUUAUGGCUUUAAAACCCACUGAUUAGAUGGACGGAGUUUGAUAGUACACAAAAUAAGUUAAAAGGGGUUACAUUUGGAAAAAGAAAGACAUUUUCAUGUAACUUUUGGUGUAUUGUUGGAUGAGGUUUGGAGUCUGGAGCUUAUAAAUAGGAAAUUCGCAGGUUAAUUAGAAAGAUUUUCCAAGAAGGAGAUGAUAAAAGAUGAUGAAAGAACGCAUUUUUGGAGGUUUGUGAAGAGACAUAAAGAAGGCAAUAGGACAUUGGGAAAAAAAGGUUAAAUAUCUUGGUUUGUGCAUGAGCUGAAUGCUGAGGCAAUGUGAGUGUGUGAGCAGUUUGAAAGAAAGAUAAAGUAAGUUUUAUGAAGGAGAGGUGGUGAAAUUGAGCUGAAUAACAAAAAAAAUGAACAUAGAUUUUAAGUCUAGCAAAGCACUUCAUCAAUGUUAAGUUUUGGGAAUUUUCUUCCUAUCUGUGUAUUUAACUCAGAUUUAUCUUAACCUUAUGGCCCGGUGCCUGUGUGUUGUUUUCAAGAAACAAAGUAUGCAGUAAAAUCUGCUUUUACAGUCCAAGCAGGCAAAGGACUUAGAUGUCUUGUAGUGAAUAUAAAGUGUAGAAAUCAAAUAUUGUUUAUGACACAGCAGACAUUUAAAGAGGACAAAUGAAAUCAAUUGAACAGGUAAUAUUAAAUUUGUAUGUGUAUAAGUUAAUUUGCUGGACAAAGAUGGUUUUGUACAAUUUAAAUUAAAUCAUUUUUAAAUCAAUUGGA